AUGACUUUUCCACCAUUGAUGUCACAAACGGUGAAUACUCAAUUACCAACUGCACCACAAAUAUCAUCACCAUCAGCAUCAACUGUAUCAUCGUCAUCAUCAUCAUCAUCAUUGCCAAUUAGUGGACAACAAACUGUUACAAGUACUGCUACUCAGAAUUAUCAAAAUUAUCUACCACCAAAUGGUAAUUAUUAUCCAGUUCCAACAAUUGUAACAUCACAUCAAAAGACACAAGAUGCUAGUAAUCAACAACAGCCAUCAUUACCAGGUUCUUAUGGUCCAAAGACAAUGAAUUUUCCACCAUUGAUGUCAGAAAUGGUGAAUAUUUAUUUACCAACUGCACCACAAAUAUCAUCACCAUCAGCAUCAACUGUAUCAUUGUCAUCAUCAUCAUUACCAAUUGGUGGACAACAAGCUUUUACAAGGACUGCUAGUCGGAACUAUCCAAAUUAUCCACCAAUAAAUGGUAAUUAUUGUCCAGUGUCAACAAUGUUAACACCACAUCAAAAAACACAAGUUGCUAGUAAUCAACAACAGCUACCAUUACUACCACAACCAUCAUUACCAAGUUCUUAUGUUAUUGGCGGUUUAAAGACAAUGAAUUUUCCACCACCAAUGUCACAAAUGGUUAAUACUCAAUUUCCAACUGCACCACAAAUAUCAUCAGCAUCAGCAUCAGCAUCAGCAUCAACUGUAUCAUCAUCAUUACCAAUUGGUGGACAACAAGCUGUUAGAAGUACUGCUACUCCGAAUUAUCAAAAUUAUCCACUAUCAAAUGGUAAUUAUUAUCCAGUUCCAACAAUUGUAACAUCACAUCAAAAGACACAAGAUGCUAGUAAUCAACAACAGCCAUCAUUACCAAGUUCCUAUGUUUGUGGUGGUUCAAAGACAUUGAAUUUUCCACCAUUGAUGUCACAAACGGUGAAUACUUAUUUACCAACUGCACCACAAAUAUCAUCACCAUCAGCAUCAUCAUUACCAAUUGGUGGACAACAAGCUUUUACAAGGACUGCUAGUCGGAACUAUCCAAAUUAUCCACCAAUAAAUGGUAAUUAUUAUCCAGAUUCAACAAUUUUAACACCACAUCAAAAAACACAAAUUGCUAGUAAUCAACAACAGCUACCAUUACCACCACAACCACCAUUAUCAAGUUCUUACAUUAUUAGCCAGUUAAAGGCCGCGAAUUUUCCACCACCAAAGUAUAUGAAUAAUAGUUUGAAAUCAGGUGGUGCAACAAAUCAGAAACUCAUGCAUCAAAUCACAUCAACUGUAUGUUCAUCAUCAUCAUGA